AGUCUCCGGGCUGAGGCCUAUGGACUUUUUGUUGUUGUAAAAAAUUCCAAUCGAAACAUUUUCCCGUUUUGAGCGGAGUCUGGACCUUAUGAGGCAUUUUUGCUGGGAGUAGACUGCCGAAGAAAAGCACAAUAGUUGGAAAAGCCAGCGCGAGGAAACAAGGAUUGAAAAAAAUGACAUCUCGGAGGUGGUUCCACCCCAAUAUCACAGGGGUGGAGGCUGAGAACCUGCUGUUAACCCGGGGGGUCGACGGGAGCUUCCUGGCCCGACCCAGCAAGAGCAACCCUGGAGACUUCACCCUCUCUGUCAGGCGUAACGGAGCAGUCACCCACAUUAAGAUCCAGAACACAGGGGAUUACUAUGACCUGUACGGGGGGGAGAAGUUCGCCACCCUGGCUGAGCUGGUUCAGUACUACAUGGAGCACCACGGCCAACUCAAGGAGAAGAAUGGCGACGUCAUCGAGCUCAAAUACCCCCUCAACUGUGCUGACCCCACCUCUGAGAGGUGGUUCCAUGGUCACCUGUCAGGCCGGGAGGCUGAGAAGCUGCUGACAGAGAAGGGAAAGAACGGUAGUUUUCUGGUCAGAGAGAGCCAGAGCCACCCUGGAGACUUCGUUCUGUCCGUCCGCACCGGCGACGACAAGACGGACAGCAGCGACAACAAGCCCAAGGUGACACAUGUCAUGAUCCGCUGCCAGAAUGACCUAAAGUAUGACGUUGGUGGAGGAGAGAAGUUUGACUCUCUGACAGACCUGGUGGAGCACUAUAAGAAGAACCCCAUGGUGGAGACACUGGGCACGGUGCUGCAACUCAAACAGCCCCUGAACACCACGCGUAUCAAUGCAGCAGAGAUAGAGAGCAGAGUGAGAGAGCUCAGUAAACUGGCCGAGGCCACGGACAAGGUCAAACAGGGCUUCUGGGAAGAGUUUGAGACGUUGCAGCAGCAGGAGUGUAAGCUUCUCUACAGCCGUAAGGAGGGGCAGAGAGCUGAAAACAAGAACAAGAACCGAUACAAGAACAUCCUGCCCUUUGAUCACACUCGUGUGGUGCUGAAUGAUGGGGAUGGAUCUGAGGCUGGCUCGGACUAUAUUAAUGCCAAUCUCAUCAUGGUAGUAACUGACAUCAUGCCGGAGUUGGAGUGGAAGUGUAACAGCACCAAGCUGAAGAAGUCGUACAUCGCCACGCAGGGCUGUCUACAGAACACCAUCAGUGACUUCUGGAGGAUGGUCUUCCAGGAGAACUCCCGGGUCAUCGUCAUGACUACCAAGGAGGUGGAGAGGGGAAAGAGUAAGUGUGUGAAGUACUGGCCAGACAUGUCAUCUCUGAAGGAGUAUGGAAUCAUGCGCGUCCGCAACGUUAAAGAGACGUCUGCUCACGACUACAUCCUACGAGAACUCAAACUGUCCAAGGUUGGACAGGGUAACACAGAGCGGACAGUGUGGCAGUACCAUUUCAGAGCGUGGCCGGACCAUGGUGUCCCUACAGACCCCGGGGGUGUUCUGGACUUCCUAGAGGAGGUCAACCUCAAACAGGAGAGCAUUCUAGAGGCUGGGCCCAUAGUGGUGCACUGCAGUGCUGGUAUCGGGCGGACAGGAACGUUCAUAGUGAUUGACAUACUCAUUGACGUCAUCAGGGAAAAAGGAGUGGACUGUGACAUAGACGUGGCUGAGUGGACUGUGACAUAG